UACCCGCCCCAAUUAUUAAUUUUCUUUUCUUUCUUUCCAAGCACACACAAAAACCCUAAACCCCAAAUAAAUAGUCUUAUUGGCUUAUUGCCACUACUAUCCUUUUCUCCAAAACUCAUCAAAAAUCGAUUGUAAUUAUAAUCGGCAGGAUGACAUCACGAGUUGCAAGAACAAUCCUUAAUCGUUCUUCUUUAAUCUUCAAUACUCGAUCUCUUAAUCAUAAUCAUAAUCUUUUAUCGAUUUCUGCAAUACCCAGAAAUCAUUUUCACUCUCUUACUGGAUUUCAUAAUCAUAAACUGACAGCAGGCCAAAUAUCUGCGUUACAUGGCUCUUCUCUUAUUAGUUCACCUGCUUUUCAAAGAUUUGGGUUCUCUUCAUCAGCAUCUCCAGAAUCCGAGGAGAAGAAAACUUCUGAAAAUGGAGGAACAGCUUCCAAUGAUAUAAAAGAAAAUGCAAGGUCUGAUGCUGAUGGACAAGGUGAGGAUGAUUUGACAAUGGAGGAUCUGAUUAAACUUGUGAGUGAGAAGGAGGAACUUUUGAAGAUGAAACAAGAGGAGGUUGACAAAAUGAAAGACAAAGUUCUUCGGUCGUAUGCAGAUACACAAAACAUCAUGGACAGAACUAAAAGAGAGGCAGAGAACUCAAAAAAGUUUGCAAUACAGAAUUUUGCGAAGAGCUUACUGGAUGUUGCAGAUAAUCUAGAUAGGGCCUCUUCUGUUGUGAAGGAGAGUUUUGCGAAGAUUGAUACAUCUAUCGACAGUGCUGGAGCUGUCCCACUUUUGAAAACACUGCUCGAAGGUGUUGAAAUGACCGAGAAACAGCUAGCAGAGGUUUUCAAGAAAUAUGGAGUGGAAAAAUAUGAUCCUACAAAUGAGGAGUUCGAUCCAAACAGACAUAAUGCAGUAUUUCAAGUACCAGAUCCUGCCAAGGCCCCUGAUACUGUUGCAGUUGUGCUUAAGGCUGGAUACACACUGCAUGAUCGGAUUAUACGACCUGCUGAAGUUGGUGUGACCAUAAAGGUGGACUGAAAUAGCAGCCAUAUUGGAUUUCAAUAUGUCGCUUAUGGAAAUAUUAAGAUUUUGAAUAUUUUGUUAUGUUAGGACAGGGGUUAACCCUCCCCACCCACCACCUCAGAGUUUUCUAAUCUAUUUUUCAUCUAUUUACUUUAUUUUUUGUAUCAGCUGUAAUAAAUUGGUAACAUCGAGGCUACUGAAACUUACAAAUCCUAAGGGGGGUUAGUUAUACACAUACAUGUAUGGAUGCAAUGCCUUGAUUGGAUUUGAGGUGUAAUUUAUAUUCCUUCCAUUA